GGGGGGGGGCGUGAAGAAGCUGAGAUGGGACCUCCCCAUGGUUGUCCUGGAAGAACCUGCGACCUUUCCCAUCAUCAAAAAAAGAGAGAAGCAAACAAACAAAUUUGUAUUUUCCCCCAUCAAUCCCGAAAUACAACGAGAUCUGAAGAACAGUGUGGGAGGGAGGCAGUUUGAAGCCAGGAAGGGGGUCCCUGACCGCAGAGGAGACGGAUGGGACUUGAUUCUCUCAGUCUCCUCCCCACGCCCGGGUUCCUCAGUCCUCGCCGCCCGGAGCCGGAGCCGGGAGCUGGGGACACAAGGCUAGAGGAGACGAUCCUCCCGCCUCUGGAACUGGGGCUGCGGGGGUGGGGGCCGAGCUGAGGGCGGCGCGCGGCCAAGUUGCAAAUUGGAUUAGGGAGCGUGGGGGCACCAUGCUGACCCGCCUGUUCAGCGAGCCUGGUCUCCUCUCGGACGUGCCCAAGUUCGCCAGCUGGGGCGACGGCGACGACGACGAGCCGAGGAGCGACAAGGGCGACGCGCCGCCGCCGCCUCCGCCUCCGCCGGGACCGGGGGCUUCAGGGCCCGCCCGGGCCGCCAAGCCAAUCCCUCUCCGAGCAGACGAGGUGCCGGAGGCCGCGCUGGCUGAGGUCAAGGAGGAAGGCGAGCUGGGGGGCGAGGAGGAAGAGGAAGAGGAGGAGGAGGAAGGGCUGGAUGAGGCAGAGGGUGAGCGGCCCAAGAAGCGCGGGCCUAAGAAGCGCAAGAUGACCAAGGCGCGCCUGGAGCGCUCCAAGCUGCGGCGGCAGAAGGCGAACGCACGGGAGCGUAACCGCAUGCACGACCUGAACGCGGCGCUGGACAAUCUGCGGAAGGUGGUGCCCUGCUACUCCAAGACACAGAAGCUGUCCAAGAUCGAGACGCUGCGCCUAGCCAAGAACUACAUCUGGGCUCUCUCGGAGAUCCUGCGCUCGGGCAAGCGGCCCGACCUGGUGUCCUACGUGCAGACGCUGUGCAAAGGUCUGUCGCAGCCCACCACCAACCUGGUGGCGGGCUGCCUGCAGCUCAACUCGCGCAACUUCCUCACCGAGCAGGGCGCUGACGGCACGGGCCGCUUCCACGGUUCCGGAGGCCCGUUCGCCAUGCACCCCUACCCGUACCCGUGCUCGCGCCUGGCGGGCGCACAGUGCCAGGCGGCGGGCGGCCUGGGCGGAGGCGCGGCGCACGCCCUGCGGACCCACGGCUACUGCGCCGCCUACGAGACGCUGUAUGCGGCGGCAGGCGGCGGCGGCGCGAGCCCGGACUACAACAGCUCCGAGUACGAGGGCCCGCUUAGCCCCCCGCUCUGUCUCAAUGGCAACUUCUCGCUCAAGCAGGACUCGUCGCCCGACCACGAGAAGAGCUACCAUUACUCUAUGCACUACUCAGCGCUGCCCGGCUCACGGCCCACGGGCCACGGGCUGGUCUUCGGCUCGUCCGCGGUGCGCGGGGGCGUCCACUCCGAGAAUCUCUUGUCUUACGAUAUGCACCUUCACCACGACCGGGGCCCCAUGUACGAGGAGCUCAACGCGUUUUUCCAUAAUUGAGACCUCGCGCCCGCCCCUUUCUUUUUCUUUUGCCUUUGCCCGCACCUCUGUCCCCUGCCCUCCGAGCGCAGGGGCACCCCAACCUACCCUGGCGCUGGGCGCGGGGUGCGGGCCGCGGGUUCCGCCGCUCUCCUGGGCAGCGCGGUCCUUUUACCUGUGGGUGGCCCGUCCCAGGGGCCUUUCUUCCCCCAGGAGACUCGCCUUUUCUCUCCCCAAGGGGUUCCCUCCUCCCCUUUCCCAGGGAGUACUUCUCCAGGGACCCUUCUUCCGGCAUUCCCUGGAGACCCCCACCCCAAUUCCCAAUCCCUACACUUAGGUUUCCUUCCCCCCUUCCCCCUGCAGGCCCAGAGGCGUUGGUAAGGGGGCAGCUGAGCUGUGGGAUAGUUUCCCUCAUUAUUAUAUUAUUAUUAUUAUUAUUAAUUUAUUUUAAAUCAGACACCGAGCUGCUGAGGCAGAAAGGAGCCGGGCGUCCCUCUUUCCUGAAGAGGGCAGAAGUCAGGGUGCCCAAGCCUGAACCUUGAACGCCCUCACCCCCAACCCCUAGUCUCAGCGUUUUGUGAUUUUAAUUUUGGCGGGAGGAAAUGUGGAUUGAGAGGAAAGAGAGAAGCCAAGACAAUUUGUAACUAGAAUCCGUUUUUCCCUUUUUUAAACAAACAAACAUACAAAAAAAAAAAAGCAAAUAGGCGACGGAGGCUGAACGCAGAGUCCAGAUCGGAGAGAAAACGCAGUAAGAACUUUUAGAAGCAAUAAAAGGCUAAAAAAAAAAUUACUACUACCAAUAAUAAAAAGACACAAAUAUCUAUGCAAGGAGGUUCUGACUGAGCCUAGCGGCCCGGCCCGGCCCCGGGAUGCCCCUCCUGGCCCGCGGGCCGCGCCGCCCAAGCGCGGAUUUGUGCACUUUGGUGAAGUGGGGGCCGGCGUCGCCCCCUCCUCCUCCCCAGGUUCUUACAAUCAGUGACUCGGAGAUUUGGGGCCCCAGUGCCACUGCCCUCACCCGCCCCAUCCCCGUUGUGCGUCAUGCUGUUUUUUAAAAACCUGUUUCCAAAUUUGUAUGGAAUGGCAAACUGUUGGGGGGGGUCGGUUUGGGGAGGGAGGGUUUGCAUGAGAGACACACACACGCACAGCACACCGCACGCACACGCAGGCCCGGCGCGGGCGGCCAGGGGCAGGAGGAGGAGAGCUCGCCGGACCCCCUCCCCGCAGGCACCUCUAUCCCUUCCCGUGGUGAGGGUGGAGACCGAGAUCUGGGGGCAGCCCCUCCCUUGCCCGGCUGUGCCCCUGCAGGAGUCAGACACCCGGCGAUUUCCGGUGGCUUGGAGAAGGGGUUUUGUCCGAGUUGUCCUCUUGGCUCAGGCUGGCAGGUGGGCAGGGAGAGGGCAAAAGAAGAACCUCUCCCCACCGGAGGCAGGAGAUCAGGCAUCCAAACACACGAUGCAAAAAUGCAAACCCACAGGCGACACACCCACACACUCACCCACACGCUCACACGCAAUUUUACCUUCCUCUUCUAGCGAAGAUGAAACUCCCGUCGGACACCGGAAGUGCAUUGCGUGUUUCUGUUCAGUUUAAUGACGAUUAAUAAAUAUUUAUGUAAAUGAGAUGCAAAGCCGGACCCGA